CCAAUCAGUUCUUUAAGUCUUACCAAACAUAGAAAAUGAAGGGGCUCAUCAUAACAGCUUCUGUUUUGUUUCUUGUAGCUAUAGCAAGUGCAGCUGAUGUUCCAUUGCCGAUCAUUAAUUAUGAGGGAACCGUUAACAAUAUAAUAAAGGAAGCACAAGACGAAGCGCUCCGAACUGCAGAGGCUUUACAAGUUCAAUAUAAGGUAAUCGUAGUGGAGCCUCUUCAGCAAGUCGAUAGCGCUGUGAUCAAGAUUGAGGAUCGUCGUCAGGAAAACGACAACUGUGUAGCAGCCAAAGAUCAAGAAGUGGAGUUGGUUGUGGAUACCUUUCAUGACGAACUAAAUGUGUGUGGAAUUAUUGCUGCUAAAACAUCAGUAGAGAUACUAAAUGACGUUAACUCAGCCACACAACAAUUGGUGUUUGAUGGCUAUGACGUCCUAAAGCUUUACCAGAAGUGCCAAAAUUACAAAAAUAUUGUAUUGAAGAAUUCUUGUUAUGCCAAAUUAUCAAUCAAAGCCACGCUAUAUUUAAAAAAUGCUCGUCGAUCCAUAAAAACUAUCAAAGGAGCUAAUAAGCGCGUCUCAGCCGUAUUUACGCAAUCAGAUGCAUGUACAAAUAAUGCGGCAGAAAAAGCCGUUACCGAUUUAGAUUUAAUUAGUGUUGAUGUGGAAACCUGCAUCACCAAAACGCAAUUCAUUUAAAAAGUAUUCACUGUACACCAGCAGAAAACCAAGACAAUUAAAAAAAAAUAAAGAAAAAAUAUAUAUUUAUGAAUACUAAGAAGCA